AUUUUUCUUAGCCACGUUCGGCGCAAGCAAAUCGGUUGACAAGUGCGGUGGAGUGACGUCAGUCCUCUGCGCCGGAAGCUGAGGAAAAAGGCGCGUACGCUCGUCUCUAGGAAACUCCCCUCUACUCCACUUGUUUGGGCGGCGUCUGCCAGGAGGUGAGUUGAAGCGGGCGCAGGGCGCGAAGAUGCCAGUGGCGGUGAUGGCGGUGGCGGCGAGCGGUGCCUUCAGCUACCGGAAGCUGCUGGAGCAGUGCGAGACUCAGGAGCUGGAGGCCCCUGGAGGAAUAGCAACGCCACCUGUUUAUGGUCAACUCCUUGCUUUGUACCUUUUACAUAAUGACAUGAAUAAUGCACGAUAUCUGUGGAAAAGAAUACCUCCUGCUAUUAAAUCUGCAAAUCCUGAGCUUGUUGCAAUUUGGUCAGUAGGGCAGAGAAUCUGGCAAAGAGAUUUCCCUGGAAUUUAUACAACAAUUGGUGCACAUCAGUGGUCUGAGUCUAUUCAGCCCAUCAUGGAAGCACUUCGAGAUGCAACAAGGCGGCGAGCAUUUGGACUGGUCUCUCAAGCAUAUACCUCAAUAAGUGCAGAUGACUUUGCAGCCUUUGUUGGACUUCCUGUAGAGGAAGCAGUGAAAGGUGUUCUUGAUCAGGGAUGGCAAGCAGAUUCAUCAACUCGCAUGGUUAUGCCUAAAAAGCCAGGCCCCCAAGAGCCUUCAUUCAAUAGAUUUCACCCAUUAUCAGAACCUGCUCCAGUUCCACCAAUUCCUAAUGAACAGCAGUUGGCCCGGUUAACUGACUAUGUGGCUUUCCUUGAAAACUGAUAACUCCCGUUGUUCAUUCAUCACAUCCUGUGUACUUCUAAACCUUUCAAUAUUAUGCUUAUCCUGUUGAAUGUUGCAGUAUAUGCACUAUUAUGGAAUACGCUGGUAAAACAGUUCUGUAUUUCCCCUUCACGUCUGUUUUGCUGGAGCAAAGUUUUGGUUCAGUUUAUUCCCCAUAAUUUUCAGCCAGGCGCACAGCAGUAUUAUAUAUGAGGUUUUAAACUCUUGUGCUUCAUUAUGAGGGAGACAGCACCUCUUCUGCUGUGAUCUGUUGUAAAUGCAGCAGUGUAGAAAAGUGUUAACCAUUUUCAUGAAUGGCAUAAAAAACAGACACUAAAAGGACAUGGAGGGAUUGUAUACCGACCAGGGGACAAGUCGUAGGAGUCAAUAUUACUGUCUUCUUUGUUUAUAAUGAGCUCCUUCCGUUGGCUGCUUUUACAAUUUUUAAUUACCUAAUGGAAUCUCCUGACUUGAGGCAAAUGUUGUCUGCUCUGUGUCAUGCUGCUUUUUCUCUUUAAAAGAAAACUAAGCAGAGUAACCAUUUUAAAAAUGUUUGAGCACCCGUUAAGUCUUUGGUGGGGGGGGCGGAGAUGCAAAUAUUGGGGUAUGUUUUUCAGAGCUUCAUUGCUUAACAAUAGCUACAAGAUAGUCUCAUCAGUGUCUAUGUUCUUUCAAACAUAUCUGCCCUGUAUUUGUUUAAGUCGGUAGUUUUAUUGCCUAGCCUUCUCUCAUUCUGGAAGAUGCUUGCCAUUAGUGGGGAAAAACCAGUUAUAUGACUGAUGCAAAUGGAUGAAAUUAUGCUGCAAUUUUGGAUCCAAUAGAGCAUUCCUGAAUUGGAAUCUUGCUAGUAUUGUUAACUUCUGUACUAACAACGAAGAAUCAAGUGCCCCAGCCAUUCACUUGCCACCAUUCCCUUGCAUUUAAAAUACGAUCCUCCUCAAGAGUCUCACUCUUUUUUGUUCCCCUCUUCAGUCAUUGGACAGUCAUCAUUUCAUGGAUUGUCUCUCUGAAAUUGCCGGUGUCUGUCCUUCUGUAGUGACACUUAUUCUCCUAGUGCACUCUGUACAUUCUGAAGCUGUUUUGGAUGUGUUUGGGUGCAAGAGAGUCCCACUAUGUGCACAGUUACUUUAGGAGCCUCUUUGUGAGUGUAACCAUUGAUCUCAAACUAUUAUUUAUUUGAAAAUCUUUUAAAGCUUCAACUCUCUAAGUAGUUGAUGGAAGCUUAAUUUUGGUAAUAUUAAAAUAUGUUUACAUCAGA